CCCUUUCUCCCGUCCGCCCUUAUUAAGUCUCCGACACUCUCUUGGCGACAGGGUCUCAAUCCGACCUUGAAGAAUUGCUAGGAACAUCUAAGCAAAUCAACCUCGACAAAUCGCAGAUUGACGCUCUAUUAUCUGCACUUACGCACCAGAUCGCUCUGAUUCAAGGCCCUCCUGAAGAACUAAUGGGUAUUUGUACCGGGUUUGGCUCGAUCGUGCGACUUGGGUCAAAAUCAACAACGCGCACUCUCCCCCUGACAUUGCCUGAUCAGAUUAUUGACAAGGACAAGAUUAAGACGUUGGCUGAACGAUUUGAAGACUCAUUCGAGACUUACAUGCAGGAUCGGGGCACCUACACCCACAUCCUCUUGCAUAUCGAAUUUUCCGAAAUGGAUCGCCAUUUCCGUGACGCCAUCUCAGUUCCAGAAGCAGAAGAUGGUGAGGUUCUCGUAGGAAAGCACGGCCUUCAGAUGGCUGAGGACCGGUGUCUUGCCAGAUGGUCAAGAGGAAGAGACGCAGGCAUUUUUGCGAAAGCAAAGUCUGAGUCUCUUUGCGAUGGUGUUUGGGAAAUGAAACCAGAGGCGCGGUCGGUUAAGAUCCAACAGUGGCAAGAAGAGAUGCACGAAGAGAAAAUGAACACCCUCGUCUGCCAGAUCGCCGCGUUCAACAAAGCAGCAGAAGAUGCUCCAAAGUCUCCGCAAGGAGAAAACUGAGCAAAUCCUUCGGAGAAAGCGUGUCAUUGGUUGCACGACUACACCGGCCUCAAUAUACGCCCAAGAAAUACAAGCUGCUGCACCCGGUAUCAUACUAGUGAAGGAGGCCGGCCAAAUUCUCGAGAGCCAUAUCCUUGCAGCAAUGAGCCGAACCACUAAGCAGCUGAUCCAGAUCGGGGUCCACAAACAACUCAGACCGAAAGUGAAGAACUUCAAACUGACGGUGGAGUGU